CCGCGGCGGCGGGCGCCGGAGAAGCGGAGGCGGCGCCCAAGGGAGCGGAGGAGGAGGAAGAGGAGGAUGGCGCUGUUCCGCAAGUUCUUCCUGAAGAAGACGCCGGAUCGGCUGCUCGAGAUCUCCGAGCGGGUCUACGUGUUCGACUGUUGCUUCUCAGCGGAAGCCCUGGGCGAGGACGAGUACAGGGAUUACCUGAGUGGCGUUGUGGCGCAGUUGCAGGACUAUUUUCCCGAUGCGUCGUUCAUGGUCUCCAAUUUCUGGUCUGGGGACAAGAGGAGCCGGAUUUCAGAUAUACUGUCCGAGUAUGACAUGACGGUCAUGGACUACCCGCAGCAGUACGAAGGGUGCCCGCUCCUCCAGCUCGAGAUGAUCCAUCAUUUCUUGAAGUCGUGCGAGAACUGGCUGUCGGUGGAAGGGCAGCAGAACAUGCUUCUAAUGCACUGCGAAAGAGGGGGGUGGCCAGUGCUUGCGUUCAUGUUGGCCGGACUGCUUCUGUACCGGAAGACAUACGCUGGCGAGCAGAAGACUCUAGAGAUGGUCUACAAGCAGGCGCGCAGGGACUUUAUACAGCAGUUCCUUAAGUUGAAUCCUCAGCCUUCUCAUCUUAGAUAUUUACACUAUGUAACAAGACACGGAAGUGGUUCAGAAUGGCCUCCGGUUAGCCGGCCUCUAAUCUUGGAUUCACUAGUUCUCCACACCACGCCUAGAUUCGAUUCUGAUGGGGGCUGUAGGCCGUAUUUGCGUAUACAUGGGCAAGACUCUAGUCCUGGUAACAAGAGUGCAAAGGUUCUUUUUGAGGUGCCAAAGACCAAGAAACAUCUCCGGCGUUAUGGGCAGGCCGAAGUUCCGGUGAAGCUUAGUGCCUUUUGCCGUGUUCAGGGCGAUGUGGUUCUUGAAUGCAUCCACAUUAGCAGUAACUUCGAUCGUGAGGAAACAAUGUUCCGUGUCAUGUUCAAUACUGCAUUCGUUCAAUCAAAUGUCCUUGGGCUGAACCGUGAUGAUAUCGAUGCUGCUUGGAAUGUGAAUAAUCAGUUCCCGAGGGACUUCCGAGCAGAGGUACUCUUUUCGGACCCUGAUUCCUUCAAGCCUGCUGCUGCAGUAGAAGAGGCAGGUGAUGAUGGAGAUGAGACUGAUGUUGCUUCAGUAGAUACAGGAGAUGAGUUUUAUGAAGCAGAGGAGGAUUGGCAUGAUGCUAGAAAGGAUUCAGAAACUCAAUCAACUGACGGAAGAAUUUCAUUAGAAGAUGGCAACACAGAAUUGGAUGGUGACGCAAGUGAGGGAAACAGCACCAUAGAGAAUCAUCAGACUGAUGAGGAUGUGAAGAUUAUUAUCUCCGAGCAUUCAGGUAGCAUGAACAACAAAGGGCCAACUGCACCUGUUCCAAGUUUGGAAAAUCAUGGAGGUUUACAGAAGGCAUGCAAGGUUCUCGAGAAGUCGAAGUUAAGCAAGGAAAGUGACCAAGAGGACCAUGCUGUGCAGGACAUACAGGUGGUUGCUGCUUCUAUAGGUUCAGAAGGGCGCAAGUUUGGAUCUAACUGUCAGGAGGAUACAAAAGGUGUAAUUGCACAAACCUUAGUUACUGCAACUGAUCCAAGUUGCAGUGACGAAGUUCAGUGUCACCCAGGCGAAUCCACAAAACUAUCGAGAUACAGUGAUUUGGACUAUAAUGCUUUCAGUCCUCCUAGAACAUUAUCUAGCAUGGAUGAGGAUACCCACUUGAGGACAUUGCCAAAUGAAAGGCACCAGAAUGGUGACAUCAAGAUUAUUACUGAAAACACAGUAACUGUGGACAGUGAGCUACUGAUCUAUGAAGAGAAAACAGUAGUUGAUAAUGGAAAUGUAACGCAGGAGGUAAAGAAUGUUGUCAAGGAAGAGGGUGUUAUUAUUUCAAAGAUAGAAAGAACUGCUAUUGAGAAUAUGGACUCAGGAGAUAACAACAAUUACGAGGUAGAAAAGGUUAAGGUUGCUGAUACAGCUGAUAGAAGGUUGGAUCAAAGUAAAUUGAAAUCUGAUCUUGGAGAUACCAUACCUGCAAAGAUCAGUCUGCAGGAUAGUAUUGUUGUGUUACCAGCUAAUGAAAUAGCAACGCAAAUGAAAGCCAAGCGAGAAGAGGGUGGUGGCAGAUGGGAUUUGGGCAUAGCUCUUCCUCAAAGUAAAAUAGAAGCUAGAGAUAAUAAUAGCCCAAAGAUAAGUGAUGUCCAAAGGCAAGCACCAGAUAAAUCAUUUUCCUCGGUGUCAAAGAAGGUACCAGUAGGUAAUGCACCUGAGCCAGUGUUAUUGGAAGCAAUGGUUGGGCAUAACGGGCAACUGGAAGAACAAUCAAAGCCAUCCAAACCAAAAACAAUACGUAGAUGGGUCUCACCCAAGAAGGAAUCUGAAACUGCCUCUGUGCAUAGGCCAUCUCACCCUCCAUCCAGAUAUGACAGUUCUCCAGCUGCACUAGCUAUCCGUUCCAUGUCUACAGAUUUCAAAGUCAAUACUGUGAAAGGCGCACCUCUAGUACUACCUGGAAAGCUGUAUGGCAAUCACUUAACACAAGAUGGAACACUGUCUCCUCGAUUUCCUUCACGACGGCCGUUGUUGUCAGGUGCACAAGCUGCACCAAGAGUCGAAGCUACAGCUCCUCCUCCACCUCCACCUCCACCACCGCCACCUCCAUUCUAUGCUUCUUCAAGUUCAUCUACGAAGCAACUAUCACCUCCACCUCCACCACCGCCCCCUCCAUUCUAUGCGUCUUCAAGUUCAGCUACGAAGCACCUAUCACCACCUCCACCUCCACCUCCACCACCUCCUCCUCUGGCUUCAGUAGGCUUGUCAAACAUACCUCCCCCUCCCCCUCCACCUCCACCUCCACCUCCACCUCCACCUAUGUCUUUUGGAGCACAAUCACAGAACUUUGCACCUCCCCCUUCCCCUCCACCUCCGCCCAGUGCCCGUGGAAACAUUCCACCACCACCACCACCUCCACCUCCUCCAGUUCAAUCAUUCAUAACACGUUCAGGUGCUCCUCCUCCUCCACCACCUCCACCACCAAUGGCACGCUCUACUGCUCCUCCUCCACCGCCACCUCCCCCACUUCCAGUGACACGUUCUGGUGCUCCACCUCCACCACCACCGCCUCCUCCUAGGGCACUUUCUACUGCUCCUCCUCCUCCUCCACCACCACCAAUGACCCGUUCAGGAGCACCACCUCCCCCGCCCCCUCCUCCUGGUGCACGUCCUGGACCUCCACCUCCGCCACCACCACCAAUGACUCGUUCAGGAGCACCACCUCCCCCGCCCCCUCCUCCUGGUGCACGUCCUGGACCUCCACCUCCGCCACCACCACCACCACCAAUGACCCGUUCAGGAGCACCACCUCCCCCGCCCCCUCCUCCUGGUGCACGUCCUGGACCUCCACCUCCACCACCCCCUCCAGGUGCACGUCCUGGCCCUCCACCUCCCCCACCCCCUCCAGGUGGCCGUCCAAGUGCUCCACCUCCCCCACCUCCUCCAGGCCGACCAGGAGCUCCACCUCCCCCACCUCCUCCGGGCCGACCAGGAGCCCCACCUCCCCCGCCUCCGCCAGGCCGACCAGGAGCUCCACCUCCCCCGCCUCCACCUGGAGGUGGCGGGAGAGCACCUCCACCACCACCUGCACCUGGGGGAAGGCUUGGUGGCCCUCCUCCACCUCCUCCUCCAGGUGGCCGUGCACCACCUCCUCCUAGAGCACCAGGUGCACCACCACCACCAGGAGGCAAUCCUAGUAGUUUAUUAUCGAACUCCUUGGGUAGAGGGCGCGGCGGGGCUGUACGCACUCCAGCAUCAGGUUUUGGGGCUUCAGCUGCACGCAAAUCAACAUUAAAGCCACUGCAUUGGGUGAAAGUGACAAGGGCUGUGCAAGGUAGUCUCUGGGAGGAAUUGCAGAGAUAUGAUGACCCACUGAGUGUAUCAGAUUUCGAUUUAUCAGAACUGGAGAGCCUUUUUCCAGCAGUCGUACCAAAGUCCGAUAACACCUCCAAAACUGACCGGAGAAAAUCUCUUGGAUCAAAGCCAGAGAAAGUUCAGCUGAUUGAGUUGAGGAGGGCAAACAACACAGAGAUCAUGCUGACCAAAGUGAAAAUGCCGCUGCCAGAUUUGGUGAAUGCGGCCCUGGCACUGGAUCAAUCUACCUUGGAUGUUGAUCAAGUGGAGAAUCUCAUAAAGUUCUGUCCAACAAAAGAGGAAAUGGAACUUCUUAAGAACUAUACUGGAGACAAGGAGCUUCUGGGAAAAUGUGAACUGUUCUUCCUCGAAUUGAUGAAAGUCCCACGAAUGGAGUCAAAACUGCGAGUGUUUUCCUUCAAGAUCCAGUUUGGUUCACAAGUUGCAGAUCUUGGGAAAAGUUUGAAAACAAUAGAUUCUUCAUGUAAUGAGAUCCGAAGUUCUCUCAAGUUGAAGGAAAUAAUGAAGAGAAUACUCCUCCUUGGAAAUACAUUGAACAUGGGAACUGCUAGAGGUGCUGCAGUUGGCUUCCGGUUGGAUAGUCUGCUAAAACUUACAGAUACCCGGGCAACAAAUAAUAAGAUGACAUUAAUGCACUACCUCUGCAAGGUGCUUGCUGCAAAAUCACCACAUCUUUUGAACUUCUAUGUGGAUCUUGUUAGUUUAGAAGCUACAUCAAAGAUACAACUGAAAAUGUUAGCAGAAGAAAUGCAAGCAGUCAGUAAAGGGCUGGAAAAAGUUGAGCACGAAUUUAAAGCUUCAGAAAGUGAUGGUCCAGUGUCAGAAAUUUUCCAUGAGAAACUGAAAGAGUUCACUGACAAUGCUGGAGCAGAUGUGCAGUCAUUGUCUUUAUUGUUCUCUGAAGUGGGAAAAAAGGCUGAUCAGCUGAUCAAAUAUUUCGGCGAGGACCCUGUGCGUUGCCCAUUUGAACAAGUUAUGUCUACCCUGUUGACAUUUGUAACAAUGUUUCGAAAAGCACACGAGGAGAAUGUCAAGCAAGCUGAUCUUGAGAAGAAAAAAGCUCAAAAAGAGGCAGCAGAAGCAGAAAAGUCUAAAAGUGCACAGUUGGCCAGUAAAAAUGACUCAAAAGCUUCAAAUCCAAGCCGGCAAGCAAAACAAACGUUAGAGAAAACAAGGUCUAUAAGUAGACGAGGAAAAGAUACUGGGUGAUCUGAGAUGACCAACUCCAGUUGUUGUGUUGAUCUGCCCAUGGGGCAUGCAUGCCUUCUCGAUGGAUGGGGAAAGACCGAGGAUUCACACUGCGUCUUUGAGGGGCAAGAGAAGUUGUGGGAAUGGAUGCAGUCAUCAGCGGAAGUAGCACGCGUCGAAGCAACUGCACAAUACUCCCUCUACGGUCUCACUGGCAAUGGUCGACUAUUUUUUUCCUACGGCCAGCAGGGUUCACAUC